AUGCCACGAAAUGGCAAUAGUGCGCGUUCACAUCGCGCAUUACAAAAUGAUGAUAUCUUACGAGAGAUCUUCGAGUACCUCUCUGCCCCACUUCAAGUAUUUCCUGUCCGUCAGAGCUUGAGCGAUAGGAAAGCCCUUCUUGCAGCUGCACGUGUUUGCAGCUCCUUCUCCGAGCAUGCACUUGAUGGUCUAUGGAGGGAUCUUCCGAGUGUGCUUCCCAUUCUCAAAAUCUUGAAGACCUCCUUGCUGCAAAUUGACACAUCCUAUGAUAUGCGGGAAUACAUUCUCCAAGGACCCGUCUCCGCAGCUGAAUUCCGGCGAUUUCUCAGCUACUCACGACGCGUGCGAGCUUUGCGCGAAGUCCAGCUCCACAAUGAAAAGAUUUCCCCUUCCGUAUUCCAAUUGCUCAGUUAUCUCGCACGAGGAAAACCUCUGUUCCCCUCUCUUCGUACUUUGGGCUGGGAGCAGUAUCAUCCCUGUGGGACGGAAGUGCUGGCGUUCUUGUCGCCAUCACUCCGUACCUUGAGCCUGACCAUUGGCGAACCUCGCAAUCCUGAAGACAUGAGUACGCUUGGCGGCAUCAUUUGUAACUUCGCAUGCCAGAUCUCGGAUUUACCCCUUCAAAGCCUGAUGAUCGACGACCUCCACAUUUCCCCACUCUUUAUAAGAACGCUAGCGCACUUCAAACAUCUUCGGGUGUUGACAAUUAAACGUCCCAUCGCGGUGCAAGAGUUGACUCUUAGUCUGGCCGGCCUGGAGGACCUCGAGCGUCUCGACAUCACUCUUGACGAUUCAGAAGUACCCCCCGAUGAUAAGCCUCUUGCCUGCUUCAAUUCCAUGAAGAAUCUAUCUGUUUAUAGAGGAACAGCUUCCGGUCUCCUGCACAUUCUUCGGGCUACAAGCACGUCGCGAUCCCUUCACACGUGCGAGAUUGAGAUGCUCCCUCUACCGGCUACAUCAUCCGCUACAUUUCAAAAGGCCCUCCGAGUAUUGUCGAGGUCCUCACUGCGCACAGUUCUUGUAAACUGCGAGCCGACUCGUGGGUUCCCGAAGUUUACUCAGUAUCGGGAUAUGGUAUAUCCUCUUUUUAAAAGUCGGGGUCUGAGAGAUGUCUCACUCAGCUUCGACGAUCCCACGAUCUGCUUGGCAGAUAAUGACAUCAAGGGAAUGGCAGAAGCUUGGCCGAAACUCGUUUCGUUGACACUAUUUCAAUGCGGCAGCGAUCCUCCAAUUGCGUCCAUAUUUUCGUUAUUCGCAUUUGCCAGUCAAUGCCCGGAUCUCGAGUCCCUCGUGUUCUCGAACACGAAUUUCUUGCCUACGUGUCCGGACAGAUUGGAUGACGUGCCUGUGAUGUCUCAUCGUCUGCAAUGUCUGGAAUUACGCAGUUUGUGGAAUUCUUCCCCCGAAGCUGUGCAACAAUCUGCACGUUUUUUACACCGUGUCUUUCCGGAGAUGGAGUGUAUAUGUGAGGAUGAUGGAGAACAGUGUGGAUUGUCCGACGUCCUCGAGCACUUUCAAGCUGUUCGCAGAGAGCAAUUGGAACGCACUGGCAGAUGCUUGAUUGCGUAA